AGAAAACGCACGAAGGAGAAUUCCAAAAGCUCCAAAAAAAAAGAAGGAAGGAGAGAGCAAAACGGGUUAGGUAAAAUCGGAAAUAAAGAAUUACAUUAUGUUGUUAAGCUAAACUCGGACGAAGAAAAUAACAACAAGAACAUCACAAAUAAGGACAAAUACAAACAUGCAAAGAAAAAAAACAAUAAAAGACGAAGCUUAUCAGUACUGGUCCCCAAUUACAAAAAAGACAUAAUAAAUAACAUCAAACUGGCUGACAAACUGUACAAGUUGACAGCAAAUAAAAGCUCAGACGAAUCGGAAGAAGACAAUCGUAGAAAGAGGAAAAACUCAAAAAGGGAAAAAAAAAAUGAAUCGAAGAACAAAAAGAACAAACAUAGGAGAAGCCUUACCUGUGGAAGUUACCACUCCGAUAGUGAGCAUAGUGUGGACAAUGUGCAAAAUAACAAGAAGGUCGACAUAAAUAUUAAUGAAAUCCAGACCAAGUACAAAAAUAAGAACAUAAAAAUUAUUUACGACGAUGGGCAUUCGAAGAGAAUCGUCGUCCGGGGGGACAAAAGGAAGGCAGGGAGGAGCGACGGGGAGGACGAAUAUGAAGGCGAAAGCGACAGCGAUGAUCAAAGCGAUGAUCAAAGCGAUGACCAAAGUGAUGACCAUAGUGAUGAUCAAAGUGAUGACCAAGGUGAUGAUCGAAGUGAUGAUCUAAGCGAUGGUGGAAGCGAACCAGAUGGUGAACGUCGAUGCGGGAGCCAAGCGGAGGACCACUCGAACGACUACAACCGACGAGCACGCAAAAAAAAAGGCAGUGGAAGAAGAAAACGCAAAGAUGAAAGCAAACCCGCAAAGAGGAAGAAAAAAAAAUGCGCCAAACGACACCCCACAACUCUGAGUGAUAGUUACUGCGAGGAAAAGAGGAAAAAAUAUAUCCAAAAGGGGAAGAGGAAAUUCUCGACUCAGAAGUUCGUAGGGUCUAGAAACAGAAAGGAGAGCAGCGAACCGAUAGACAGAAAUUACAGAGCAGGUAAAAACUAUGAGCAAAGGGAAAAGAAGGACUACUACCCUAACAUGUAUGAAAGAGAAAAUAGUGAAAAUAGAAAUAAAGAAAAAAACAAAAAUAUAGAUAAAUACAAAAAUAUAGACAAAUACAAAAAUAUAGACAAAUACAAAAAUAUAAACAAAAACCAAAACACGUUUGAAGAUGUAGAAGUCUUUGAUCCAUGCAUUGACAGAAGCAGAAAAACGAUGACGUACCAAGCUUUAAGCACAAGGAGUGACCAAGUGAAAAAUAACUUUUUCCUCAACAUUAAGGACAUAAUUUUCAAGUUGCAUCUGAACUUACAGAACAUUAAAGAAAUUCUAAAAAACAAAAAUGAUUAUAUAACGAGUUUGCUAGACUCAUCCUACAGAAAUAUUAUUGAAAAUGUGAAACGCAACGCAAUAAAACAGGACAAUUUUUACAGGAUAAUUUUUCACGACUUGUUUAAUUUAUUAAAUGAAUUUAUCAUGGUGGAUGAUUAUACAAAGAAGUUUUUCUUCAGCAUCGAGACGGAGGUUAGGCAGAGGUGCUUGGAAAAUAUUAAGAACGAGUUUUACAAUUUUAUCAAUAGGUACUUGCCCUCGGGGGAAAGGAGAAGUGUGUACAGCCCCAGCAGGGAUACGAACGAAUUGAAUCCGCAGGACAUGUACAAGCGUAUCAUGGACAUGCACGAAUCUGCCAACAAGCGGAAGAAUCUCUACUCUACUCUGGCCUCGUACAACAAUGGGGGGGGGCCGACCGGAAGUGGGAACCCUGGAAGCUGCUUCACCGGGAGUGGCUUUCCUGGGAGUGGACUAACCGGCGAAUACCAGGCCCACCCCGACGUGCAGAGCAUCUUGCACCUGAACAGCCUACAACAGAUCGAAGGUGGUAGAACCGAGCUGGCCAAAAUCGACGCCAUGGGAAACGACCUCUCACUUAAAGUAAAAAAGGCAAGCAUCUUCCAAAACGUAAGCGAGCAGGAAGAUGUCGUAGACUAUUUAAAAGGAGUUGUAAAAAGCGAAAAGGAAAAAAACAUAAAAUUGGAGUUGCAGUAUGAUGAAUUGAAACAAAAAUAUGAUCUCUUGAAGAAGAAAAGGGAAGAAGACGUCACCAAGGAAGUCAAUAUGUCCAAAAGUAACGCAGAUGAAGAAGAUAAUUUUUUUAAGAAAUUUUAUCAGAGUCAGUCAUUUAUCAAAUUGGAGGAAAAAAAACUGGAGGACUCAUCCAAGAGGAUCGUCGACGAAAAUGUGAGACUCACCAGGAUGAAGGAAAUGAACGAGAACAGCAAACGGGAAAUAGAGAAAGACAUGCACGACAUCGAGGUUAAGAAAAAAGAAAUCGAAAAGGACAAGGACGAUAUAGAAAUUAAAAAAAAGGAGAUCGAACUUGCAAACGAGCAGAUAAGCAACCAAAACAAACAAUUAGAAGACGAACAGGACAUACUAAAUCGGAGGAAAAAAGAACUUGAGGAGGAAAACUCCAUGCUAGAUAACACCAAAAGGGAGGUGGAUGAACAGAAUGAUUUGAUAAAGGAGAAAAAGAGGGAGCUGGACGAGCUGAACAAGUUAUUGGGAGAAAGGCAGAAGCUUGUGGAGGAGGUAGACAACACACUGCGCCAGAAACAGAAGGAAGUUGACGACAUAGAUGCGCUGCUAAACGAGAAACAAAGCACCAUGCAGAGAAAGUGCACCUUAAUGGAAAGAGAAAGCCUAAAUCAUAUGAAGGAAGAAGAGGACGCUUUGGAGAAAAGAAAUAAUCAGUUGAAGAGUGGAAGCACCCAAAUGAAGGCUAACGAGGCGGAGAAUGACAUACACAACGAUGAUCCAAAUCAGGAACAUGACAGUGGGGACGACCACCACAAAAGAGAAAACGAAGAAAGCAACGCAUUCUAUAUGCAAAAUGAUAACCCUAGUUAUACACCCAGCGGGGGGGCUAUCACGGAUAAGCAUGGCACUCUCACUUUAGAAAAAUCGUUAACACGAAUUGUGGAAAACGAAACAAGACGGAACGACAUGCAUAUCGAAGGGGACUCCAAACGAAGCAGCGUUUUGUCUUAUUUAGGGAACACGAAAUUUUCUCUGAAGGAUGCUUCCAAAAGGGAUAGCAACAUGUCGCAAAUAAAUGGUACCCGCCAAAAUGAUAAACUUGUGCUAAAUGAUAAAAACGUGCUAAUGAUGAAAAAUGAAAUUGUGGAAAGGGAAAAGGCCCUUUUAAGUAGAGAGGAAAAGCUCAAUGAAGAAAAAGAACAAAUUGCCCAGCAGAUGAACCAACUUAGCAUCUUAAGGGAUAACAUUUCGAGCAAAACGGAGGCACUGCGUAUAUGGGAAGAGGAACUAAAAAGGAAAGAAUUACACAUACUAGGCAUGCAAAAAGAAGGAGACGGUACACAGCGGGAGGGACAACCAAAUGUCCCUUCAAAGAGAACCAACUCUCUCUUCUGUAACGCAGAAGAAACGAACAGUUUGGGUGAAAAUUCAAAGCAGCAUUUCGAGCUAGCACAUUGCGGAAAUGACUCUAAUGAAGGAAUCGCAAAUCAUCAAAUGGGUCACGUGGGAAUAUCUCAACCUGAAAUCGAUCAUAAGAGGACCAACCAACCGUAUGACGAAGCUCAAUUAAACGAAUCCCUACAAAAAGGGGAUAGCACAUAUUUGAAAAGUACCAAUUCUUCACAGGGGAAAAAUAUCAACGACAGUUCUUCCAACCUGUGUGGAACUUCUCCCCCAGCAGGUGAUAACUUAGACGCAAUAAAAAGCAACCUAAACGACUGUUUGGAUGAAAUAGCUAAGUACAAACUUUUGCUAAAAAGUAGAGACGAAGAAAUUUGUUCAUUAAAGACACAACUGGGAAGGCAACAAGGUGAAGCCAGCUGGAACGGAGAUGCUACAAAAGAGGGAAACAACUCGGGGGAUAAUUCAAAAAUGGGGGAUUCUCUUUGCAAUACGGGUAAUGCGGCAGAAGGGAUAAAUGGGCAAACUGGUUUUUCUUCCCUGUCGGGUGAUUCGGGUAACACGGCCAUGGGUUCUUUGAAGCAGUCAGCCGAGUUUUCAGGCCCCGCGCCUGAACAGAGUAAGGUAUGCACCGAAAGAAUUCGCAGCAAAGCGCACGAGGGAAUAGCGGAGCAACCCAACGUAACGCUUUCGUGUAGACGCGCGAGUGGGUACAGAAGUACUCAUGCACCAAGACGCAGUUGCUUACAUGUAGUUGCCUACCCGUAUGUGCCAAAACAAAGGUGGCUCAUAAAUAUUGACGAAAGGGGAGUAAAGUAG